AAAGCACAACAAGCAAUUUCCCUCCGGAUGCAUUUUCUGGCUGCACCAUGUUAGUGUUGAUGCUAGAAACUAACAUAAUCAGUCAAGAGUUUUGGAAGAAAAACGUUUUACUUUGUAGAAAAAAGCUGGCUUCUUACAGAGACGUAUAUGCAGUAUUAAUUUAGAUUUUAAAACUAUUAUUUUGUUUAAACCAUACGGUUCACAAACAUAUGGGAGUCCUUGCAUCCGACUAUGGUGUCCUCAAGGCAGAAACGUGUCCUGCGAUACGUGGAAGAAGGAAACCUGCUGAAGCUGAAGUCCUACCUUCGGAAACAUCCAGACACGGAGCUGAAUUUUCAACACGGCAGGAAGCGCAGGAGCCCCCUUCACCUCGCCUGUGGGCUGAGGAAUGAUGCGGUGCUCAGGCUGCUACUGGAGAGAGGGGCGGACGCGCUGCAGAGGGACCGGCGCGGGAACACGGCCCUGCACAUCGCAGCCAGCAGGGCUCUCAAACAUGGCCAGACGGCCUACAACGACCUUGUGAUUCCACUGCAAAAGUAUUGCCCUGUUGCUAUGGAUAUGCCAAACUAUGCUGGAGUCACACCCCAGGAUCUGCUGGAGCAGAUGAAAGCAGAGCAGGUGUGUGUAUUUGGGAGAGCAAGGGAAUGUCAGUUGCAUGAUCUACCACAAGAGGGGAGCAGUCAAGCUAAAUUGGACUCAGAAUCUCAGUGGAGGGAGAAGUUACUUGGCGAAUGUCAAGAUGAGUUUUUUGAGGCUUACGGGCAUUAUGAUGAUGAGUCUCUCGGGGACGGUGUGGACCCUGAGGACUUUGGACAGUGGGCAGACCGGAUCUGGCGGGAAUAUCAUGGCAAGCGGAGAGCCGAAGCACGGCGGCGAGUGGAAUCGGAGGAGCAGAGAGUGAGGCGGAGGAGGCGGCCGGAGAACACGGACGCGGAGGCGGGGAGGGAGCUGCAGACGCGGCUGGAGCGCGAGCAUGCAGAGUAUGUGGAGCGGGCGGCGCGCAAGACCGAGGAGGUGCUGCGGGGGAGGAGGCGGCGGUACGAGGAGCGCUGUGCGGUGGCACUGGGGAGCGACGGCCAGGAGGAGCUGGGUUAUGCUGACAUCCCCUGGCCCCUGCCCCACGGCUCCGUGUCGGACAUGGUUGCGGUGAUGCUGCACGGCGCCGAGCGUGGUGACCCCGCCGCCUUCCGCCGGCUGCUGCGCCGCCAGCAGGCCCUCUGGCAUCCUGACAAGUUCACCCAGCGCUGCGGCGGCCGGCUGCGGGAGGCCGAGCGCCAGCGCAUACUUGACACGGUCACUGCACUGUCGCAGGAGCUCAACCGGCUCGCACAGAGCGUCAGGUGACCUGGACACCAGCAGGUUAGUGAUCUUGGACUAUCCUGGAUUUCUUGUAGAAAUUUUAGAUGGAGACUUUGGUUCUUAUAUGAAGAGAAUAUUGUUUUUGUACUUGGUAAAGAAAAACUACAGUAUCUCGGCUCUGUAUGCCAUCUCCGCUUUACCGCUGGAGGAGAGCACACCCACAUCAGCGGGUGUGCCAGCAGUGAGCACUGAUGAACUAUUUCUUGCAAUCUUUUUCUAACCUUUGCAGAAUGUUCUAUCUUAGGCUUUUGUGACUGUGCUUAGCUUUCUGGGUAAUUAGUUCCUCUGUCAUGUCAAGGUACGAACGGUUAGUAAAACAAAGGUGGGUUUCAUUUUUGUGCAUCGAUGGGAUUACCUCUUUGCAGCAUAUUGUUUUUUUUAUUGUUCAGCCCCCCCUAGUGUGUGUGCAAGUAAAAAAUAACUCUAAACAGAACAGUUUGUGGCUCACAUACCUUUAGCUUACAUCUAUAGAAUCACAUCAUUCCAUUUUCUUGCCAUGUCUUUCCCGCUAUGGACAGCACUUUCAGCUGUGCACCCACCCUGCGUCCCUCACCUGAUCGCUGAGCUUCUGCAACCCCAACAGUCAGCUGGGUCACUGGCUGAAGGACGUCCCCUGAGUCAAAUGACUUCCGUCACCACAGGAGGACAUGGGCAGUGAGGGACUGGAGGUGAUCAGUCUCCAGCGGCCGUGGGUGUAGCAGCCGAGCGACCCGGUGCUGCCCUGGGGGGGGGGGGCUUUUGAGAAGCACGCCGCCCUCCUGUCCAGAUUCUGUCGGUACCCCAGUGGUGCCCAGCACCUGCUGCAGCUGCUGUGGUCCUGCGGCGGUGCAUGAUGCGAAGGGAGCAGGGAACGUCGGGGCAGCAAAGACUUUGGGGAAACACUUUUGGUGGUUUUAUUGGACCGGCAGCAACCAGGACACAGAACUGUCACUAUUGUGACGCCUGUCCCACCCACCAGGGUCAGAGUCCUGAGUGUCAGUGUUCUGUAAAUCGUGGACUUCCUCUGUUCGUGUGGCUGCAUGUUGCAUCUGGCAGUGCGCGGUUAAUAAACACGGAACAUCCCUUCCUUUUUAUAAG